CUGUCCCUUCCUAGGUACGAUAUUAUCUGUGCUCUUGAGCGAAAAGGCUGGAAUCUUGACGUCUUACAUCAUCCACGACUUCGAUCCGAUUCAUCAGUGAAUUCAAUUACAGAAACGGCUGAAACGGGGGCGUAUCUACCGGGUGUACUGCGUCGUGCCAUCCUCAAUGUGGGAUUGGCCCUACGGGCUACACAAUUCAGCGACCUUGUAGACCUUCACAUGCGGCGACAGGUGGAGCAGUUUCUGCGACUUCUUGUUCGCAAUGACUAUCUGGCGCCACUGUUGCUGCUCCUUCGAGGUACAAGUGUUGCUUUAAUUCAUACUGUCUCGUGGCUCUUCUUUCGUUAUCAAAUGUUAUCCAUUCUGGGUGAUUGGUUGACAUAA